AUGGGGUGGUUUUGGUGGCCGCGAUUGCCAAUGAAGAAAUCUUCACGCCAAGUGAUAGAACGCUACUAUUCACGCAUGACCCUCGAUUUCCAUACCAACAAGAAGGCCCUUGAGGAGGUAGCAAUCAUCCCAUCAAAGCGUCCUCGCAACAAGAUUGCUGGGUUCUCCACUCACUUAAUGAAACAGAUCCAGAAGGGUCCUGUCCGAGGGAUUUCUCUAAAGCUUCAAGAGGAAGAACGUGAGCGCCGCAUGGACUUUGUGCCUGAAGUGUCUGCCAUCAAGAGUGAUCAGAUUGAGGUUGAUAAGGAGACCAUGGACAUGCUUGCUUCUCUUGGUAUGUCUUGUUUUCCUGGGCUUGUACAGGUUGACCCGUUGCUAUAUAUACCCGUUACACAGUUCGGGUUUCGAAGAGGCGGUCCUGGUGGGUUUGCGAGGAGAGGUUAA